UUGCCGCGGGGUAGCGCAGGGGACUGGAGACGUGGAAACCCGGCGGGCCCACGGGCUGCCCUGCCCCCGCGGCGCCCCGCCCUGGAGCAGGCCCUCCGCACCCGCCCCUCGCGUUGCAGGCUGGUCCCACUGGUUUCGCGGGAUCGCUGGCGCGGUUGAGGGCGGCCUCUCCCAGCAAAGGCUUAUAGCAUUAGACCAUGAUUCUGACUUCGAGAUUCAAGAGAAUAACUAAGGGAAAACUAAGUAAAAUGGUAGUUUUAAAACGGUAGUUGAGGAGAAAUCGGUAAGAGAGUAUGGACAGCCUAAUAAAGUGCUGGAGGCUCUCUGGCUUUCUGGUCGCAGUCACGACGGCUGCCAGCUAAAUGUUGCUUUUUGUCAAGCUGUUUCCUACGACGAGCUGAAUUAACCUGUAUCUCAGAGAACGCGCUCUGGGCAAUUAGCGGUGAGGUUUUGCUGCUUAUUACGUCCCCUGCUACAGCGGCAGCAGCAAUCGCAAACGGAGUCAUUGUCCUGAGCUGGUGCAAUUACUGGACAGCGCAGCCUCAUUUGCUUCCCAUAAUGCCGUCCGCGUAGUCCGCGGGAGACCUCCCCGAGUGGGCUUUCUCUCCUCAUUAUUUCCUCAGACAGCGAUUGAGGAGUUCUUCGAGAACAAGCUUUUACCUACAUUUUCCUCCGCAAAGACAAGGACAGUCGGUCAGCUCCUGUAACAGGUUUUAAUCUUCGAAUAAACAAGUCUACACAGGAGCAACCUAAAGCCUGGUUUUCCUGCGCGUAGUCCGCAGCGGCAGCCGUCCCCGGGUGCUACCCCGCGGCGUCAGGACGGCGGGGACGGACCGUGCAGCACCCAGGCCAACCUCCAGCCCAGCGUCACAAGACGGUUUUACCUUCAGCCCUUUUGCAAGUUCCCUGCGUUGCCAUCAAUACUUUUCUAACCAAAAAUGCAGGGCUAUUUAUUCCAUUUUUUAUUUAACCUGGCACAGCACUGGGUUAAAUUUACAGCUGCUAGAAAAAAACGUUGCAGGAUGAAAACAAGUGGUACAUCCACUUGGUUAGGAAUAUAUUAGAUUGGUUGUUGCUUGAUGCCAUUGAAUUUUAUUUCCUCUACUGGGUAUCGUGAGCUCGUCGUCUCUCACGAGUGGAUCAUCGAGGCAGGCACUGCACGUGCCACCAGGGCCUGGUAUGAGAGAGAAAACACGACUUUUUCCUGUAUGUUUAAAUUUCAGCUGUUAGACACCCCUGUGAAUGGGAGCUCGUGACAAAGGAGAAUUUUCAAGAUUGCUGUUUGCUACUAUAGAAGUACAUUCAUUAGCUUUUCUGGUAAUCAGCUGAACACACAAAACGGUGGUCUCAGGGUAAUUUUUAUCAUGUAACACGUGAAAAUGUUUAUUUUUAGAAAAAGUUACUUUAUCUGAUAUUAAGUGGAAAAUUUUUGUUGCAAGUUUUAAUUAGAGAUAAAGCAAACCUCACUUCAACCGGAGAGAAGCUCCAGGGCUUUGCAAACUUCCUUAUUAUGUAUGUCACAAAAGGAGUGUUGCAAGAAAAGAAAGAAAGGAUCAAACAAAAUCUCCACCUAUUUCUAAAAUCCUGGUAUUUGUCCCACCUAAAAGCCUGAACAUUUUUGCAAUGAGUGAUUCAGCAUCAAAUGAUGUUAAGUUUCUCAGCCUGAGAGAGUUAAAUUUCUCAGCCUGAGUGGAGCUUUUUCUUUUGAGACUAGGGCUCAAAACUGUGAACUUUUGAAACUCCCCGCGUAGUGAGAAUGAAGCUUUUCUUCAGGGGUUUGGAAAGACCUUCAAAACCAUUUCACUUCCGAUCGAAACGUCCUACCAGGCUCAGGAGCAACUCUGCUGUGACGGCAAAACGCCUAUUGGGGGGCCCCGGGAGACUGUCGCCAUACGUACCCUGGAGCAGCCCCGCGUCCGCAGAGAGGCCGGGUGGCACGGGCCAGCGCGGACUGAGACCCCGUCCCGCGGUGAGCUCGGCUCGCGCGCAGCCGGGUGCGGGUCCGGGGGUGCGGGGCGGCCCCACGCCCUGCCCGGCACGCGGAAGCCGCCCGGGGUCGUUCGUGGCGCGGGAAGCGGCGACACUCUUGGUCGUGUCCCUGCGGCACUUGGCAUAAGCGUUCUUGCUGGGAGCGCCCAAGAGCAGAAGGUGCGACCUGGCGUUUGGGCUGAGGUCUCCUUCUGGCCUCUUUUCUGCAAUAAUUUCAGCAGCGCUACCGAUCGUCCCAUGGAAAGGAAAGCGAGCCCUGCUCUCGUUGCUCUCUGAAAUGCUGUCCUACUGCCGGUGCGAGGACACGAGAGGACAGCCGAGGCCCAGGGGAAAGUCCGUGUGUGCUGGCAUGAUCCGUGCUCUCCAGGGUCAGUAUUUUUUGAGAAGAAGGAUAGCUGGGCUUCCUCUGUAGUUUCAGUCGCACGCUCUGAAUUCAGACAUGUUAAAUGUAGCAACAACCAGUUAUCUCAGUGCACUUUGAUGACCUACAUCCUGCAAGCCCAGGUGCUGACUGACUGGUAUGAAGAGCUGCUGACAGGUGCCGCAGGGGAAAGCCAGUGGUGGUGACCGUGGCGACGGCGUUGCUCUACCUGCUGAACGCUGUCUGGUCCAACAUUAUCUUCUGCCUAACACAAGCCACAACCUGCUACAAGGCAUUUGAGAGCGGACAAAACCCUUCGUGAACCCUGGCCGGUAAGGACGGUCUGUCCUGCUGCUAAGAGACCAGGCGUUACCUCUGCUCCGGCCUCCGCAGACCCCCCCGGCUGGCGGCACCGCUCGGGCUCGACGUGGGACAGCUUUCAGCGGCAGCUUCGCCAGCCGGACCAGCCCGGGGCAGCCGGGCUCUGAAGCACCGUGCGCAGCUCCCUGGGCCUUUCCACAGCUUAAUGCAGCUGCGAGUCGGGGCAGGGAAACCGAAUACAUUUUGACUUUACGUCGGAUUUGAUCCUGCCUGAAAGCACUUCAUUUGUGCAGUUCUUCAAGGGCAUGCACUCGAAGCCCUUUUUUUUCCUGACUGUGUUAAUUAAACCCAUCCCAAUAAGAAUAGAUGCAUAAUACAUUACACUAGUGUGUGGCUUCAGAGCUGGUUUCAUUAGGCUUCCAUGUAAUCAUUGCUUUUGAAAACGAUUAGUCUGACUGUAAGAAAAAAAAAAAAGCAAAGCUUCUUGGUGUAUGUUUUGUGACUUCCAAUUCAGAAGUCUCUGGAAAAUUAAUUUUUCACCAAAGAGUAGCCACAUACUAGUCCUACUGAUGGCAAAAGCAAGUCCUGUUUCUUUUCAUGCUACUCACAUCAGGUGCCAUUUCCUCUGGUGUAGUUGUGGAUCCCGACCAGUGCCUGCCUGUUGGUAUCAUGCACGCUUGACAGCCCCACUUGCAUAAUAGCUUUAACUCUGUAUUUGCCAUUUUCCUGCAGGGAUGAGUGUUAAAGAGAUGCUUCUAAAUAACAUUAAUUUUAAAAAUAAUCUAAUCACACUAAUCAUGUGUUCUGCCUCCAGGAAAAUUAUAUUAUUUUGCUACAGAGCGUGCUGAUGACAGUCACACACACUGCCAGCUACCUGCCUCCACCCAUGCUCUUGUCCCAUCCAAGUUCCCAGCACUUUGGCACCUGACAGACCAGCUCUUUCUCAAAACUGCAAGUCUCUAAGGGAAAUGAGGCUAUUGUCACUUGGGCUGGGGGCUCCUAAAGUCUGCUCUAGGCAUAUGUCUCUAACUGCAAAAAGAAAGACAGAUGAAUACAUGCGAGCAAAAUUUGUUAUUCCCUGAAGCCCAAUUUAACAUCCCAUUCCUAAAUUACCGUCUGUAAUAUUUAUUUUCUUCUGUUCCUAAGUUCUAUCUUUUCACUUUCUCACAUCUCAAGAAUUCACUUACUCUUAAAAAUAUGCAUCUUUGCUUUUUUUACAAGUCUGGCUGAAUCCAAAGACAUCGGGGAAGCUGAAAAACAGCAUAAAUCUGAGUUUCUUUUUUGCCAGGCCUCUUCCCCACAGCUUUGGGUGUUAGCAAUGCUGGCCUCUGCCUCCAGAGAGCUGCCAGUCUGGAGACCUGACCUAGGACUUUGUUCUCUUCCUCCGUAAUCUGCCAGUCAUGUUUCCCUCCUAAUUAAAACUAUAGCAACAGUGCAGAUUUGCCAAUACAGGGAAAGGAACUAUUCUCAAUUGCAUACAAACCCAACAAUGGAAUCGUUCUAAAUCAUCAGAAUAACUCGGUGGUACAGAAACUUCUUUUUUAAAAACUAAGUGCCUAAAUGUCUGUGUUUUGCUAUGCAACAUCUGGCAAGGGAAUAAAGGGAGAACACUGUCAGAGACAAAAAGAAGCCUUAAAAUUCAAAUCAACAAUCAACGCCAAAGACUUAACAGCACCUGAAGGUCUCCUACAAACCUCCUCUUCACCGCCCAGGGACUGCACCUUAACGAGAGGCAGGUGCAAACCCUCUGCCCCCUCGGCAGCAGAAGGGCUGCACCUGUGUGGGGCCUGGCCGGGGACUACAUAAUCCCUCCCAGGGCAGCUCAGAGUGAGCUUGGUGGUGGCAGUGGCAAGAUGUGGCUGGUAUUGGAGCAGCAGUGCUUGGGCACCUCAAGGAUGUGGUUGCUGCUGCUGCUGUUUGGCUUUUUGCUGCCCUUGGCCCCUUGCAUUGGUGGCUUGGGGGAUCAGGACCUCUUUGAGAGUGUGACUUGCCACAGGGAUAGGGUGGAGGUUGAGUUUUCCAGAGAGCUGGGCAACUACUCCUGGCAAGGGUCUGUAGUAGAUGCAAGUGGUGAGGAAAUGGUGUCCUGUGACUACCUGGUGGACUAUGAGAGGCUCUUGCUCAGUGUCCUGUUUGUGAACUGCACUAGCCUGGAGCACGGCCAGCACCAGCUGAGACUGAAGCUGACUGUGAAUGACACAACAGGGGAGAAGAAUAUAACCUACAGUGCUCACUGCAGCAUUGUUCAUGAAGAUGAAAUCAUCCCUCCUUUCUUUACUGGUGCAACAAACUGUACAAAAGACUUCAUGGCAGUUACUUUCCCAAGGCUCAUUCCAGGCUUCAGUGAUGAACAUGUGGUUCCAGUUACUCCAAUGACCUGGACUCUGUCAAUUGAUGAUGGAAUGAAGAUGCACCAGCUGAGUCUUGGACAAGCCAUGCAGCAAGGCUAUAGUUUUCUUGUUGAUGGACACAACUUGGUUUUCCAGGUGGCUUUCAGUGCAACUGGAGUUGUCCCUUACAAGCAAAAUGACCAGGUACUCUAUACUGUGGCACUCAAGCUCAUGUAUGGACCUCCUGAACGGAGACUGACAGUGGAGUCGAGAAUGCUUUGUGCCCCAGGUCCAGCAGUCUGUAAUGCAACACACAUGACUGUUGCCAUCCCAGCCUUCCCAGGGACUCUUGUGGCUGUGGGUGUAGAGGAUAGGACCAUUCCCAUCAACCAGCUCCAGGAAAAUGGGAUUGCUCUGGACACAAAGAAAGGGGUCAAGCUGCAUGUUAGCAGGGGAGUCCUGAAAUCCAGGCUCCACAGGGAGAGUUGCUCAGGACCUCAGGCCUACAUGUCUUCUCUGAAACUGGCUUUCCACUUCAAUGAGGAGACUGUGGCAAUGGUGAUGCAUCCAGAGUGCCCUUGUGACCAGCGCACACCGAUAGCUGCUGUAUGCACUCAGGAUGGGUACAUGGAUUUUGAAGUCCUUGCUGACAGUACCAGACCUCCAUUAAACUUGGAUACACUUAGGCUCAGAGAUCCUGCAUGCAAGCCAGCCUUUAAGUCAUCUUUGAAUGACAGGGUUUGGUUUCAUGUUCCACUGAGUGGAUGUGGGACCAGGUAUUGGUUUGAUGGGGAGAGGAUCAUCUAUGAGAAUGAGGUGAGGGCACUGUGGGCAGACCUUCCACUGCGCAAGAUCUCAAGGGACAGUGAACUAAGGCUAACAGUACUGUGCUCCUUCAGCAAUGGUGAUGCCUCCCUGACUAUAAAGGUAGACAGUCUCCCUCCUUUGGCUUCUUCAAUGAAUCAAGGUCCUCUCUCCUUAGUUCUUCUAAGCUAUCCAGAUGACUCAUACAGACAUCCGUACCAUGAUGACCAGUACCCAAUAGUUAGGUACCUGCGGCAGCCCAUCUUCUUGGAAGUCCAAGUUCUGAACCGCAAUGAUCCCAGCCUUCAGCUGGUGUUGGAUGACUGUUGGGCAACAGCAUCACAAGAACCAAGCUCACUUCCCCAGUGGAAUAUUGUUGUGGAUGGGUGUGAGUAUGAUCUGGACAGCUACAGGACUGUGUUUCAUCCUGUGGGACAUGGUGUCAGUUAUGCUAACUAUCGCCAGAGGCUGGAAGUGAAGACCUUUGCCUUUAUGUCUGGCGAUAAAGCCCUCCCUGGUCUAGUGUACUUUCAUUGCAGUGUCCUGAUCUGCAACCGCUUUCAGCCAGACUCCCCUCUAUGCUUGACAAGAUGUCCCAAGCCAUCUAGAAGCAAGCGAGAGAGUGGUCAGUCAGGCAUGAACUCUGUGGUGAGCUUACGGGGCCCUGUUCUCCUUGUGCCAGAAGGAUGGUCUGCAAACCAAGGGAGUGUACUCUUCAGCAAGGAAGCAUGGGCCAAUGUGACUGUGACUGUCGUUAGUAUUCUCUCUCUGAUGGCCGCAAUACUGCUAUUCCUAGCUUUUCUGAAAUGCCUAAAGAGAAGGGCAUCUAUGGUAAAUGUGGUAUGUUAGUGUAUUUUUUACAAAUAAACUUGGAUUGUAAAGGUGA